GAAAUAUAAAAAAUAUUUUAAAAAGCAAAUUUCAAAAUGAGUUUCAAAGUUUUUAUGCUGACAGUUGGAUUAGCUGUUUUUGCGUUGCUUGAUAGCUCUGAAGGAAUUCCAACAGAAACACCAGUUACAACGUCUGAAAAACUUCCUUAUGAUGUAGUAGAAGAGGUCUGGAGGUUGCUAAAAAUGUAUGAUAGAGCUUAUAAAAAGCAAGUAUUAGAUGAAACUGUGUUCAGAGAAAUUAAUAGGCUAUCAUCAGAAGGUAUAGAUAUAAUUUUUGACAAUAUCAAUGCUUUGACCAGUGAAGAAAUAAGAGGAACUAUAUUCUUGCAAUUUCUCGAGGAAAUGAAGAGAACCAAGAAAAUUGGAAGUAAAACCGAUACUGAAAUUAAUACAAUGAUUGAUCUUUUAAAAUCAAAAUCCCCAAAAACACCAAUUCCAGUGGUGGAUAUGGUCUGGCACGAUCUCAAAAAAUAUAGUAAGCGAGGAGACGAAUUAGUUUCAUACUGUGUAAAACACCUAAUAGGCAUUCUACCAUCAGAAGAUAUUGAUAUAAUUCUUGAAAGAAUCAAUGCUUUGACUCCUGCUGAAAUAAACGGAAACUUUUUCGUGUCACUUCUUAAGGAAAUGAAAAACUACUGGCUAAUUGGAAAUAAAACUAUAGCUGAGAUUGAUACAAUGAUUGAUCUCCUAAAAUCAAAACUACCUUGGAGCACUUGGUUUUAUAAUUUAAUUACAUUCAAUUCUGUCGUAUCAACUCAAAAUCAUUAA